AGAGAGAGUCGCGCGCUACCGAGGCUCCUCAGACUGGACUCUCCUCGCCGAGCACACACGAGAGGUCAAAGGAAGGAGGUACAAAACGGACUUUUCCUUUGGGAAGUUCGGACUUUAAACUCGAGCAAACAUCGGUCUGCACUUUCUGUCAGCGUCUCCUUUCAGUUUAGCGUGACGUUUCGUAGUUCGUUUAACUCCGUUACUUCGUUUCGUUUUCUUUUGUGCGACUUUGACCUUCUCAGGCUCCUCAAACUGGAUGGACAAACCAGGAGGCUUCCUCGUUUGGGAAGCCACGAAUUCAGUCACUGCUUACCGGCUCGGACAUCACUGAGCUGAGAGCGUAACUUCGCUACACGUUCAGACGUUUGGAAUCACUUGAAGUUGUUUGGGUUUAUUAAUAAACAGUCGGAGCUUAUACAAUGUAGAUUUAAACGUAUUCAUAAAAAUAUGGUUUUAGAUGUUUUGUUAAUUUUUCAAGUGUUUUGGAAACCAAAUAGGCCAUUAAAAGGUAAAUAGCACACUGUUGUUAUCUAUCUGCAGUACUUCAUAUCUCCUUCAAGGUUUCAUUAGAACUUCACUGUUGUUGCUUUGCAGCCAGUCAGUUCAGACCCUCCCUUCAUCAGCCUAAGAUGUAUUAUAAUUAUUUUACAGCUUAUUAGCUUCCUAUUUGUGGAGAUCUGUUGCACAAAUCCAGUGUGUUGUAGUUAUUCUCCGCAUUUUCUCCAUUCCACAUCAGCAGAUUUCAUAUUAUUAAAAACACUGAUUCCAAACUUCUGAACGGUGGUGUAUAUUUACAAAUAGUAAAUGAAAGCUUGAAGUUGCUAGAGAAUGGAUGGUAAAGGAGCAGGUGAAGAAUUGGGCAGUGAGGAGCGUCCGGCCCCUAACGGCGACUCCAGACAGCGAGGCAGGUUCUCUUUACCGGGCUGGCGCUCCUCGUCCCAGUCCUCAGUGAAUGGAGAGCGAAGUGGGGACCUGAGCCGGAGGCUGCUGUCUCUCGUCAACCGCUACGAUGAUCAAGAUGGCACAGUGGCCGACCUCAACUCCAAACCCUCAGAGGUGACUGUAGGGUCUGAAGGACCAACCCCAACCACAGGCCACCGCACAUCCACUGCCUCCAGCUCUGGCAAAGACAUGCCUGACACCACAGGCCCUGGGGGGGUCAAGUUCACCCCAGACUUUGAGGACUAUGACUCUAUUGACCAGUCCAUGAACCUCCAAAAGCAGUUGAGCUCCAUGCUGCAGCCAGGGGUCAACAAGUUCUCCCUGCGCAUGUAUGGAAGCGCCAAAGGGGUCGCGGCUGAGCAGGAACGAGUCAGGUCCUUUGGGGUGUGGAUUAUACAUCCAUACAGUGACUUUAGGUUCUACUGGGAUCUGGUAAUGCUCUUUCUGAUGAUGGGCAACCUUGUCAUCUUGCCAUGGGGCAUCACUUUCUUUGAAGACCAGAACACGCUACCAUGGAUGAUCUUCAACAUGGCCUCGGACACUCUUUUCUUGACCGACCUGGUCUUAAACUUCCGCACAGGCAUCCUGGAGGGAGAUAACAGCCACAUCAUCCUGGACCCACAGGUAAUCCGCCGCCGAUACCUGCAGGGCUGGUUCCUUGUGGAUUUCAUCUCCUCCAUCCCAGUGGACUAUAUUUUCCUGGCUGUGGACCUGGAGGCUCGAGUGGAAUCGGCAGAAGUGUACCGCACUGCCAGGGCUUUGCGGAUCGUCCGCUUCACUAAAAUUCUCAGCCUGCUCAGAUUACUCCGACUGUCCAGACUCAUUCGUUACAUACACCAGUGGGAAGAGAUCUUCCACAUGACAUACGACCUGGCGAGCGCAGUGGUUCGGAUAGUGAACCUGAUUGGCAUGAUGCUUCUCCUGUGUCACUGGGAUGGCUGUCUUCAGUUCAUGGUGCCUAUGCUGCAGGACUUCCCCUCAAACUGCUGGGUCUCCAAAAACAACAUGGUGAAUGCCACCUGGGAGGUGCAGUAUUCCUAUGCUCUCUUCAUGGCUAUGAGCCACAUGCUGUGUAUCGGUUAUGGAGCUCAAGCUCCUGAGAGACUGACCGACGUGUGGCUCACUAUGAUCAGCAUGAUUAUAGGUGCCACCUGUUACGCCAUGUUCCUGGGCCAUGCCACCAACCUGGUGCAAUCUCUGGAUGCCUCACAUCGUCAGUACCAGGAGAAGUACAAACAAGUGCAACAAUACAUGUCCUUCCAUAAGCUGCCUGCUGACAUGAGACAGAGGAUCCAUGACUAUUAUGAGCACCGUUUCCAAGGAAAGAUGUUUGACGAGGAAAACAUUCUAGGAGAACUCAGUGACCCACUUAAAGAGGACAUAGUGAGCUACAACUGUCGUGGACUGGUGGCGAACAUGCCGCUGUUUGGCAACGCUGAUCCACACUUCGUCACUGUGCUCCUGACCAAGCUGCGCUUUGAGGUCUUCCUGCCAGGUGACAUCAUCAUUCGUGAGGGAACGCUGGGUCGGAAAAUGUACUUCAUCCAGCAUGGCUGUGUCACUGUCAUCACACGCGAGAAGAAGGAGAAAAAACUCAGCGAUGGCUGCUACUUUGGAGAGAUCUGCCUGCUGACCCGUGGCCGUCGAACAGCUAGCGUGAGAGCGGACACCUACUGCAGACUGUAUUCUCUCAGUGUGGACAGUUUUAAUGAAGUUCUGGAGGAGCACCCCAUCAUGAGGAGAGCCUUUGAGAGUGUUGCCAUAGACCGCCUGGACCGUGUGGAGAAUAAAAUCACAUCCAACACGACGUCUUUCUAAGCGCACAUGGACAGAGGACUAUGAGAAGUGACUGACGCUGGAUUACGCUCACAACUCAGUAUAAGAACAUGGGUUAAGAACAUGGCUUGGAGUGAAGGCAGCACCUUAAGGCAAUGUCUCGAGAAUUCCAUAUAUCAUGUUAAUUCUCCCUUUUUGCCCCCGUCAUGUUAAUAGUCGUUGCCAUUUUAAUUGUCUUAAUCGUUAAUUGUCUUCACUUACAUGAAGCCCACCAUUACUGGACAGCAGUGAACUUUGAGCUUAAAAGGCCCAUGCUCCAAGUGCCAGCUGUCUGAAGGACUUUACUGACUGGACACACCAUGCUAAUCUGGAUCCUUUUUACACCUGUUGUUAACGCUUAGAGGCUGAGAGUUAUUACUGUCAUUCUAUUAUACUGUUCAUAGAUAAAUACAUAAUUUCAUCUCCAGUUAUAUAGUUAACUUACGGAUUUACAUUAACAUUCUCUUUACAUUCUCUUGACAGGUUUGAGUUUGACUUUUUCCAUUUGUUUCAAUGUAAAAAAACGCAACAAAAAUGUAUAGGAUUUUUUUUCUCUGUGUAAAACAAGACUGAUAUGCACUACAAUGACCUUCGAUCAAAUUUAAACCAAAAUAAAUAUCCUCUACUUACAGACCCAAGAAAAUGUAGAAUCUUCACUUUGAGCAAAAUUUCGCAGUGAUUUG